AUGCGACUCUUCGUCAUCCCUAUCUCGACGCGACAAGCUCUAAUCUACGCUCGACCCCUCCGCCGUGGUCCGUCGCAAAAGCCUUCGAUACAUGACCGGGUCAUACAAAAGGCUGCAGAAACAUGGGCGAAAUGGGAGGAGGCCGAUAAGGGCUGGAAGAAGCAUUUGGUCUCCUGGGGUAAUCGGGUGCAGCAACGCAUCCCGUAUCAAGAAUGGGGUCUGAAAAGUAUCCCAUCUCUCGCAGCGGUGCGGCGACUUGAUGAAUCCUAUGGGACCAAGAAAGUGGAUGUACUAUUCCCGGGGAAUGCCAUUCGGCCGGAAAAGCUACAAAAGAUGCUGCAAGCAAUUGCGACGGAAAGGCAGGACUUGCAUCGCCGAAGGAUGUGGUUGAGCUUGCUUGCGACGCCCUUGACCGCUCCCGUUGGGCUUAUUCCUCUUGUGCCUAAUGUCCCUUUCUUCUACCUCGUGUACCGAGCAUGGUCCCAUGGACGAGCACUUAACGGCUCCAAACACUUAGAGUUUCUUCUAGAGAAGAAUCUCCUGAAUCCGAUAUCAUACCCUGGGCUCGAAGAACUGUACGCGAAGCGCGUAUCUUACGCACUGGAAAAUACUGGGGUGGACAAACCCAUUGCGGAGAUGGUAGAAGAAGUGGAGAAGAGUGAUGACAGGUUACUUCUCCGCAUGACAGAUGCGAAGAAACUAGCCUCGAUACUCGAGGCACCGGAUCUUGCGCUGGAAGCUGAGCGAGCCAUCAUACAAGUGGAGGAAAAGCUGAAGGCUGAUGCGAAGAAAGAUGCUGAGGAUGGGGCCUCUGAAAAGAAAGAUACAUGA